AUUUUAAUAGCAAUAUUUUCUAAUAGCUGUAUGUUCAAUUGAUUAUAUAUUUUGUAAUAUCCGGACGAGAAGAUUUGCUCACGUAAAUUUAUAAUUAAUUUAAUAAUAAUUGGUUUGGUAAUCAAGAUGACCAUUCCUACUAUAACAUUCAACGAUGGCUACAAAAUGCCCAUGUUUGGCCUUGGAACAUACAUGUCCAAGUCAGGAGAAGUAAGAGAGGCUGUAAAGUAUGCCAUUGAAAUUGGUUACCGACAUUUUGAUACGGCAGCGUUUUAUGAAAAUGAAAGGGAAAUUGGAAAUGCUAUUCGUGAAAAAAUUGAUGAUGGUAGUGUAACGAGAGAGGAUAUUUUCAUAACUACAAAAUUGUGGUGUAACAGCCAUAAAGAAAAUGAAGUAGUACCAGCGUGUAAAGAGUCCUUAAGGAACUUGGGUUUUGAUUAUGUAGAUCUUUACCUCAUUCAUUGGCCAUUUGCUUUUAAAUCAGGGGAUAAGUUUACUCCAAAAGAUGCUUCUGGGAAAGUAGAAUUUCAAGACACUGAUUAUCUUGAAACAUGGAGAGGAAUGGAAGAAUGCAAACGUCAGAAUCUUGCACGUAGUAUUGGUAUCAGCAAUUUUAAUUCCGAACAAAUUGAUAGGCUAAUGCUUUCAGCCAAUAUAAAACCUGUUAAUAAUCAAAUUGAAGUGUCGCUGAAUUUAAAUCAAAAACACUUGAUCGAGGUUUGUAAGAAAUAUGGAAUAACAGUUACGGGAUUUUCGCCACUUGGCCGACCGGAGAAUUCUCGUAUUAAUAAUUUAUGGGAUAGGCCGGAAAUUAAAGUACUUUGUGAAAAAUACAAGAAAACUCCAGCAAAUAUCGCAUGUAGAUUUAUCUUUCAAAUGGAUGUAACGCCAAUUCCAAAAUCAGUGACAAAAUCGCGAAUUAAGGAAAAUUUGGAUAUAUUCGAUUUCAGUUUAUCGGACAAGGAAGUUAAAAUUAUCGAAGGAAUGGAAACGAAUACGCGGGUAGCACUUCUCGCAGAUGCUAAGGAAGCAAAAUACUAUCCGUUUUAGAAUUUGAGUCUAUGAUAAUAUUUAUGAGCAUACACAUAUUAUAUAAAUAAAUUUUAAAAGAAA